AUGUUUUACGCCAUUUGGCAACCCAGACAAAGCUGUUCAGGCCUCAGUAGAGCUCGCAGUGUGUGCUCUUGAUCUCGUCUAUUUCUUGUGGCUGCCUGGUGCUGCUCUGUCCAGUCAGCAGGGGGCAAAAUGCAGCUUGGUCUCUGAGGUGGUUAGCAUCCAGUAGUGUUUUCCCUCUGUCAUGCAUCCACACAAGUGCAUGUCUACAGAAACUUGGGAAGUGGGAGAAAAAGAACAGGAUUGUUUACCCUCCACAGCUGCCUGGAGAACCUCGCAGACCAGCUGAAAUAUAUCACUGUCGGAGGGACAUAAAAUACAGCAAAGAUAAGAUGUGGUAUCUGGCAAAACUGAUAAAAGGAAUGUCCAUUGAUCAGGCUCUUGCUCAGUUGGAGUUUAAUGAUAAAAAGGGAGCAAAGGUGAUCAAAGAGGUUUUGUUAGAAGCUCAAGAAAUGGCAGUAAAAAAUCACAAUGUGGAAUUCAAAUCAAAUUUACAUAUAGCUGAGUCAUUAACAGGCAGAGGCCAAUAUGUGAAACGGAUCCGUUACCAUGGUAAAGGCAUGUUUGGCAUCAUGAAAUUAGUCAGGUGCCACUACUUUGUGAAGCUGGUGGAAGGUCCUCCUCCUCCUCCAGAGCCACGAAAGACUGGUUUUGAUCAAGCAAAAGAAUACGUGCAACAGCUGCGAAAUAGAACACUUGUUCAUACGCUGUGACAAACUCUUGUGACUGUAUUUGUACUUCUUGUUUGACAAUGUAGUUACAUAAAAUAAUAA